AGCACCUGCAGCCACCACUACCGCUAGCCGUUGCAGACAUGGCCUCCUCAUCCACCAACACAAAACCCACCUGCAAACACCUCGUCCUAGACGCGGGCCCGCUGCUCUCGCUCUCGCCCCUGCGCGGGCUCGCAGAGACGUACUACACCGUGCCGCAGGUGCUCGAGGAGCUGAAGGACAAGCGCGCCAGGGAACACUUUGAGAGGCUCGGACUGUCGGCGGGCGUGAGGAUCGACGUGCGGGGCCCUGACGCCGCGUCGCUGGCACAUGUGAUACAGUCUGCGAAGAAGACGGGUGAUUACUCGGUGCUCUCGCAUGCGGAUCUGUGUGUGUUGGCUUUGACAUAUGCGUUGGACGUGAAGGAGAGGGAGCAAACCAAGACUUCCGGAGAGGCAGAGAAGCCAUUCGACGCGGACAACAACACGGACAUACCAUCAUCGUCAGAUCUGGACGAGGAUGAGGAGGUAGAGGAGACCAAGGCCGGUAUCGAUUAUGAAGCAGAAGAUGACGAACAAGAGAGGCAACCUCUGGACGUGGAAUUGCAGCCAAUACGAGAUCAGGAGGAGCAGCCGAAAGAAACACCUUCACAGCCUGCCUCAUCUACUAUCCCAUCUAGUGCACCACCGAACGCAGCCCACACGGACUCACGGCCUGAACCGCUUUACGACGACCCUUCGGACGAUGACGACGACGAGGGCGAGGGCGAGUGGAUCACCCCAUCUAACGUCGCUCUGCACAAAUCGCGCGCGCUGAACCUGCUGCCAUCCGACAAGACGGGCAAGAAGGGCAAGGGCAAGCGGGAGCAUAUCCCCGUAGGGUGUAUGACUGCGGAUUUUGCGAUGCAGAACGUGCUAUUGCAGAUGGGUCUGGGGCUGGUGAGCGUGGAAGGGAAGCGGAUCGAGCGGGUGAAGAGCUGGGUGUUGCGAUGCCAUGCUUGCUUUAAAAUCUGCAAGGACAACUCACGCAAGUUCUGCCCCUCCUGCGGGAACCCCUCCCUCCUGCGGGCCUCCGUCACGAUCUCCUCACCCACCGCCGGGCCAAACACACCCGCACUCCAAGUGCACCUCAAGAGGAACUUCCAGUUCAAAACCCGGGGCACGAUCUACUCCAUCCCCGCGCCCAAGCCUGGCACCGCGAAGGGCGGGCCGGGCGAUGGCCUCGUCCUGCGCGAGGACCAGCUCGCGUGGCAGCGCGCGAAAAAGCGCGCGGACGGGAAGCGCGACAGGGAAGAGAAAAGGCUCUUGAGCGUGGCGAGUCGUGGGGGAUAGGCGAGGGCGGAGCAGCUCUGGGCAGCUGGAUGGACCCGGAUUGGGUGCCGGAGAUUAUGAGCGCGAGCGCGGGCGGGAAGGGGAGGAGUAUGAGGAGUAGGGGCUUUGAUGGGGAUAUGCCGGUCAUUGGGUACGGGAAGAAGAACCCUAAUGAGAGGAGAAGGAAGAAAUAAGCUGGGCUGAGGAGACGUGGUUGGGAGUUAGCAUGUACGAUCGACGCAGUUCUUCGU